CUUGACAUACACGCAUCGUGCGGCAAAGAUAGCCCGAUUGUCCUAGCAACGCGCCGGCACUUCAACCGCUGCGCCCAGACAUUUUGACCGCCCAGCUUGGCUUUUGGCAACGCCACUUCAGAACUUGCAACAAAAGUUUCUGUAUCGCAAACCUCACGUAAUCUUGGUGGAAGCUUGGCGCACUCGGAAAAUGGCCAGGUUAAACGAGCUUACUGGCGGAGCUCUGAAAUCAGCCUGUGUAGUUUCACUCGUGUUGUUGCUUCUUCCAAAAUCAUCGCUAGCCUCGCUGGCCGCGAACUGCACCCCCAGCACGCUCGGAUACGCGUGCAUGGCCCAGCAGGGUGAGGUGACGGUGCAUUGGAGCGCCAACACCGCUUCCGCACCGGCCAACCCCUGCACGCCGGCUGCGCGCAUGGUGCUGACGCCCGCCCAGCUCAUGUCCGGCGGCUCACUCCACAUGGCGGUGCAGGGAUACAUGGGAGGCUUCGUGGCCAUCAGUUUCGCCAAGUCGCCCGGCACCAUGUUCCCCGGGGACACGGUGUUGGGCUGGGCGGACGCGACAGGCACGUCGUCCUUCAUCGGCACAUUCCACGUCACGGACCGGUCCCUGGACGAUUCCAACCGCCUCACCGGCGCCGCUGACUGGGCGUACGACAAGGGCGUGUCGCAGGAGGGCAGCAUCACCACCAUCUGCUUCAGUCGGAUGCUGCUGGAGCCGCGCGCCUUCGCCUCCGCCGACCUGAGGCCCACCGUCAUGAUGUCCACCGACCCCACCACCAACACAACCACUGGUGCCACGACUGCGCAGCCGCUGGGCCUCAACUGGGCGGUGGCCUCCUGGGACGAGCUGCGCGAGCACUACGCCCGCAACCGCGGCGGCUUCUACCUAGACCUGACCGCGGGCGCGGCGGCGCAGGCGGCGGAUAACACUUGGUCGCAGCAGCGGCGCGGCUGGGUGAUUGCGCACGGCGUGCUCAUGACUGUGGCGUGGGUGUUCUUCCUGCCGCUGGGGCCCCUGUUCCCCGCACACAGGUGGCUGCUGCGCGGCGCCACCGCCCCGCCGCAGUGGUACCGCGGCGGCGGCAAGCAGCUCUGGUUCCUGGGCCACGUGUCCUGCCAGUGGGUGGGCUUCGCGCUGCUUGUGGCGGGCUACGGCAUCGGCCACUCCAAGCACGUGCACGAGCGCGGCCGGACGCAGAGCUCCCUCAUCCCGCCGGGCGGCGCCGCCAAGGCGCACAACCCGCUGGGCAACGCCGUGAUGAUCAUCGCGUUCGUGCAGGUGCUACUGGCGCAUGCGACGCGCCCCGCCCCUGACUCUGGCCUGCGGCGCCGCGUGUGGGAGUACGGCCACCGGAUUGUCGGUCGCUGCGUCAUUGCGUUGGCCUGGGCGCAGGUGCUGAUCGGUGCGCACGUGGCCGCGGGCGAGGGCAUCGGCCGCUUCUGGCAAUGGGCGGGCCCCAUGAUUGGAGGCAUGGCGACCAUGGUCCUGGCUGACCUGUCCCUGCGCGUGGUGGGCUGGCGGCAGCGCGAGCCCGCCACCUCCCUGGAAGCCCUGUCAGCCGCCACUGACGUGGGCACCGACAAGCAGCACUAUGUGGAGAUGGGCAAGGGCGGCGACAACAUGGGCGCGAGCGAGGCAACCCCGGCACAGGCAGGGCACGGCAAGGGAGGACGCCUUGGGGAGCCGCUGGUGGGGGCGGGAGGCGCAGGCAACGGCGGGAGCAGCACAGCGGUGGCGGAGGCGCUUGUGCGGUCGAGGCCGUCGAUGGCCGCAGCUUCUGUGGCGUCAGUGGCGGAGGCGUAGGAGACGCGCCGUAGUGUGUUACGUGCAUGGCGUGUGGGUCAGUAUGGGCUGUGCAUAUCGUUUGUAACCAUGCAGCCGUGCUGCUACAUUAUCGCUUCGUGUGCGGUGUCAUUUACAUGCAUGCCUGUGCAAACUGCAAAAGACAUGUGCGGCACCAUGCCGAGGGUCUGGAUAUGUUUUCCCCUCGCUCAUGCGGCCGAGUGGGGGUCUGGUUGUCUGUUGUGAAUGAUGCAUGUGGACUCGUACGUGAUCUGAUAACGAUUUUGCCUGCACGCUACGCGUUAGCCAGGGAGGGCCUGGUCGUGGUGCAGGGACGUCUACUCAUGUCCUGAACUGCAUGAAGCGGGCACGACUGCGCAGAUGACAGCCGUUCGUAAAUUGUGCGCCAGGUAUGACUGACUGCGAGUUUGCGACUGCGGGUGACAGGUGUGACAUUGUAUCUGAGUGUCUGGGUGACGGACGUUCCACGAGGGGCAACAGUAGCAAGGAGUAGGGCUGCGGGUUUAGAGGAGUCGGGAGCUGAGAAGAGUUGAGUGGAGGAGCUGGCGCUGCCAGACCUGAACAUGGAUGGCCUGGUAACCGGCGUGCGUGGGUACGGCGUGCCCCCGCUUGUCAGCUGUCCCUUCACUUGUAAUCCGCAUCCAUA